AUGUAUUAUAACGCGUAUUGGAAUCAACAGGCGAACUACUUGUAUCAAAUAGCUCGAAUACCUGUUCAUGAACGAUGGCUACUCAAUCGACUAUUUCGAAUCAGGGGAAUAUUUCAUACUUUAAAUGAUCGACGAGGUGGUGGAUCGUUUGGCUCUGUUUGGGCAGCGACAAGAGCAGAUGGUCGUCGUGUAGCCGUGAAAGUCUUCAAUUUGAAUCAAACAAGAAAUUUGCAAGGCCUGUUAGCAUUAGCCAAGUCAUUUCAAGACGAAAUUCGAAUGUCAUAUAAGAUGCGAUUUUCGACCAGUCACGUGGUGACUGUUUACGGGUUUGAUUUAGAUUUACGAAGGCGAGUCGGUUUGGUAUCAAUGGAAUUAGGUGAUGACAGUUUAGAAGAACGUGUAAGAACUCUUCAUAUGAUGUAUUAUUCACCUAAUGGAAGAGGAAUGAUUGACGGUGAAUUUAUCGCGCCCGUUGAUCGAAAGAAUAUUUGGUUUCAAAUCGUGAAUAUUGCUUUGGAACUGGUCCGACAUAAAGUUGUUCAUCGUGACAUCAAACCAGCGAAUUUAGUAUUUUUUGGUCCGAUUUUGAAAAUUGUUGAUCUAGGCAUUGCACAAAAAGAAUUUGCAGCAUAUAAUUCACGGCGAGUCGGUGGUACUCCAUUCUACAGCGGACCUGAAUGUAUUUUUGGCCAGUUUCCAGUCACACCAAAAGCUGACGUUUGGUCAAUUGGUGCUGUACUAUACUUUUUAACAUAUGGUGUUCCACCUGCAUAUUGGAAUUCAACACCACCGCCCGGUGUUUCGCUUAGUCGUUCACUGCCUGUUCAGGAAGUACUUUACCACACUCUUCAGCAGAAUCCGAAUGCUCGACCAUGGCAAUAUCAACUCGCUCAACAUCCACUAACUGCUAAUCCUGAAGUAUUCUGA